UGGUGAGUUCAGUGCAUGUUUAGCUAUCAAUACAAGCGGAGCGACUGUCUUUUAAAUGUGUGUCAGAUUCUAAUAAAAUUGUCGUAUUCGCGGUUUAUGACUGUCAACACGUCGUGUGUUUCAUUUUUCGGCAAAUACUAAGAAGAAGAAGAAAAAAAAAGUUAUCAUUAUUCAAAUGAAUGCCUGGCAAAACGAACACAAUCAGUAAUUAAAAGUGACAGUUGAUAUCAAAUCAAGUGACUCGACGAAACGCUAGAAGAAAACGAAAUAUCCGAAGCAAACGAGCUCGACGGAUUGUUCAAGAAUUUUUAAGUGGAAUCAAAAGCGAAAUUUUUAGUGAUUGAGCUCAUCACCGUUCAUGUGUUGCGUUUCGUUGCGUGCAUCGGUUUUGAUUUGAACCGAUAAAAAGAAAGAGUGAGAGAUUGAGAGAGAAAUAAAAGUGAAGUGAAAUUGAAGAGCGCUGAAUACAAAGAUAUUCGCGAGAAAGCAAUCAGUUGUUACCAGCUAUUGCUAUUACUGUGAAUAUUUAUUUGCACUUUGUGCUGUUGCUAUUGUUGUUGUCUGCUUGAAUACGCGAGCUGUGUUUUUUUCUCGCUUCUCUCAUUGCUACCAUUGCUAUUACUGUUGUUGCUGCUGCAUGUUCUCUCUAUCUCUCUCCGGCAAACAUUUCCAAUGUGUUUGAAUGUGUAUGAACAUUAAUCAAAAGACCGUAACAUGCAGUGAAGUGGAUUACAUCUAAAACGGAACGCAUACGAACGUAAGCAAGCAGAAAAAAAACAGCAAGUUCACAUAACAUUCGCGAGAACUCAAAAGAAUAUUAAUAUUGCUUCGAAUUAAGCAUCACGAGAGUAAAAAAAAAAACGAAGAGAAAAAUAGCAAGCAGCUUCGCUUGCGUUGUGAAUAAAACUCUCGCAAUAAAAGGCUAAGUUCAAGCCACGCUCGAAUCGAUCAGAAUUGUAAAUAUUGACGAGACGUGUAUUCAUACAGUGAAUAAAGACGAUAGAAGUGAAAGGAGAAAAAUUCAAAUUGAUAUUGAAUUGUGUGUCGAUACAGUGAGAGAUACAAUUGAUAGUGGUUGUACGAACGGAGAGUGAAAAAAAGCAUACGUAAACUGAUGAGUGAAUAAGCGUGAAUUGACAUCGUAUUCUGUGUGUUUGAUUAACAGCGAAUACAAACAAAAAACGUGAAUUCUUUAUUCAUUAUUCAUAAACACAUCGUUUGUAAACACGGCAAAUGGAAUAGAAAAAUUGUGUCAUUUUAUUGCAUAAAUCAUCAUUCAAUGCGGUCGGUUUAAUUAUAAAUUGCAAAUAACCAAUAAUAAACAGCAACGAACACAUUCAUUCAUAUGAAUACAGUUGAUACAGUUGAAAUAACGCCAGUGAUUCAAUAUUUAAUUGUUUGCACACGCGAGUGAAAUAACAAACGAAGGUGAAACUAGAAAAAUAAAAUCGGUUUUUCUCCAGAGAGAACCAACCACAACAACACCAACAACAACAACAAAACAAAUUGAAAAAGUGAACAAAGUUUGAUUUCCUAUAAAAGUGCUUAUUUUUGGUGUGAGUUAUCUUCACGAUUCAUUGGAUUUGUUGUGUAGAUGAGUGCAUUGGUUUUUUGUGUGCGCGGUGAGAUUUCAUUUUGGCUCAGCACCAAUCAUAUCCACAUCUUUUACUUGCCAUUUAACAAACCACGUGCAUUUACGUGAAGGAAAAAGUUUAUUACACGAAGCGAAUGAAAAGAGGGAAAAAAAAUUGUUGUGCGAUUUGCCAUUUGUGAGAGUUAAGUGAAAAAAAAAGAUAUAAAAAGACCAACAAUAACAAGAAGAAAAUAUAGAGGAAGAAAAAGAGGAAAGAAUUCAAGUGAACUUCAUCGAAGUUUCUGUCGAUUGGUGAAUUUGAAUGCGUUGAGGAACAAUUUCGCGUGUGCCAUAUUCCGUGUGAACGAAGUUUUAUUACUCGUCGAACUUUAUGUACGUUGGUGAUAAGCGAAGAUAGGAAACAGAACGAGAAAGAAAACAAAAACCGUCGAGAAGCACAUCAGCAUUUGGCAUAGAAACAGACUCAUCAUCAAACAAUUGCACAAGUAAGCGUUUUAUCUGAUUUAAUCGCCCCUUCGCAAAAACAGCAGUGACAUCAACGAUACCACAUUGUAUACACAAAAGAUUUUCACACUGCCUAAUCAUCGGCCGGGAAGAAAGGGUGCGCCACUUUUUUAAUGGGCCAGCAUACAAACGAUUCGAUUAUACUCCCAAGUGAAUAGACACUCGAAAACGAAACUGACGUCAAACGAUAACCAUCCUAUUCAAGGAGGAUUUUAUGUCAUUGUGAAACCGGAAACAGCAUUGCUGAGCACCCACAUAAAUCAUAGUGGAGACAAUUUAACGAACGUUAAAUAGCAGCAAUCGGUUGCAAUUUGCUUCCGUUUUCCCGUUAAUAUCCGCAAUACCACUGAUACAACCGAGAACACUGUUCUUUGUUUGUGAAAGGAUACGGAAACUUUAUUUUCCAACAGAUCGGACAUUGUAAAGAAAAGAAAUUUUUCUUUUCGUCAUUAUCUAGGCAGUGACGAUUCCCAUUAUACACGCAUCACAUACUACCGUUUUGCCCUAAUAAAAAGCGAAGAAAAACGACCGAACAAACGAAAAGUACCACACUCAGAAGUAUACCAUCUUACAGGCUGUAAGUUACUGCAUUGCGUUGCUGGGUUUCAUAGCAUAAUUGAUGAGCUGUAGCAGAUGAACACCAGCGUAUCAUGAGCAUUUGAAUUUCUAACGAAAAUCACCACUCAACACGAAAACAAGAGACGUAUAAAGUUAAGAAAAAAGAAGAGCAGAUUUCUGUUUUCUCAAAAUUGAACCAAUGAAGACACAGCAUACAUGAUGGCAAUAAGGAUACACAGAAUUAUUUCGAUGCAACCGAAAAUGACGCUAGUUUAUGUACUCAUCAUCACCAUUUUUGCCGUGAUCCAGCCAGCCGUCGGCGAUGCCGAAUGGAUGAACGAUUGUGGUGUGUGCCAUUGCAAAUGGAUUUCGUCGAAGAAACAGGCUGACUGCAAAAAUACAUCGUUGAUAUCGGUGCCGAGAGAGAUGAGCGUUGAACUGCAAGUGAUCGAUUUAUCAUUUAAUACCAUACCCGAAUUGCGAGGCAACGAAUUUAAAGAUGCUAAUUUGCCGAACUUGCAUAAAAUUUACAUGAAAAACUGCACACUGCAAGAGAUUCACCGUGAUGCAUUCAAAGGGCUACAUUUGCUUAUCGAAUUGGAUUUGUCGAAUAACUUUCUGAAAGUACUGUAUCCCGGCACGUUCACCGACGUGAUCCGAUUGCGUGUACUGAUUGUGACACACAAUCAACUCGAAUACUUGGACGACAAUCUGUUUGAGAACAUGGGCUUCUUGGCCAAAGUCGAUUUUCGAUACAAUCAACUGAAAUCCAUCAGUCAGCACACGUUCGUCAACGUGUCGGCAAUACGUGAAAUCGAUUUGGAAAAUAACCAAUUAACGGUACUAAAAGAGGAAUCAUUCCGUGGAAUGGACAAUUUGCGCAGUUUGACGUUGAACCAAAACCCAUGGAAUUGCACAUGCGAUUUGCAAGCAUUCCAAAAGUUUGCAAUCACCCGGGGACUGUAUACGCCACCCACUGACUGCCAUUUGCCGAUGAAUUUAAGGGGAAAACUCUGGACCGAUGUACCGGCCGAGAAUUUUGCCUGUCGUCCAGUUAUUCUAUACCCACACGAUGGCUUCACCAUUGACGCGAACACUGAAAAUAUUACGAUUUCAUGCCAACUCAAAGGCUCACCGAAGCCACACAUCGACUGGUUGUACAACAAUCGACCGAUGAAUUUGGAAGAUCAACGCAUCAGCAUUCGUGAUACUCAGGAUGAGAAUCGACGCGGUUCCAUCGACUAUUACGUCUCCGAACUGCACAUUGUUGGUGUGAAAACGGAAGAUCGUGGAACGUACACUUGCCUAGCAAAGAAUACAGGAGGUGUAAGCAAAGUCGAUACUCAUGUGGCAGUUACAUCAGUUUUGGAAUCAGUUGAUGGUAUGGGUAUGGGUAUAAUUGGCAGCACUGCCGGCGUUCCGACCAACAAUUCACCCAAUAUACUCUUCAUCGUCUGCUUAGUUGCCAUUGUCCUAUUGACACUACUCAUUAUUGUGGUACUCAUUUUGUGCUGCUACUGCCGCCGCGUGAAGACAUACUCCAAAAAUGGUUCAAUCAGUGAGAAUGGCUUGGUCGCAAGCAAAAUAGAUCGCUCAACCGAUGGAUCGAUGCUUGAAGGAUCGGUUAUAAUGGAAAUGCAAAAGAGUUUAUUGACCGAAGUGAAUCCAGUCGAAAAGCCACCGCGACGAAGCGAAACUGAUGGCAAGAGCAUUCCAUCCGAUGACGUGCAAGAAAUUAAGAAGACCCUUUUGGAUGAACAAUCUUAUGGUCAUCAUGAAGACGAAACGCACUCAAUCGCGCUGUCAGACACAACGCCACGGUCCCGUGCAACAUUCGUCGAUGAUGGAUAUGGUACAAAUCUUCCACCGGAUCUUCUAUCGUUCCCAUCCCGAUAUCCGCCAUCGUCGUCAACUCAAAGUUCAAUUACGAAUAUUCCCGAAGGCAAUUUGUACAUUAAAUCGCCGAUCGCAAGUCCAAUCUAUCAGCACAAUGCGUACGCAGCACAACAGGCCGGCUAUCGAACAUUGCAACAUCCGAAAAAUCGAAAUUUGGCCAUAAUCAAUCCACGCACCAGUUCACCGUUUCAACCGGCACCAAUAUUGUAUGCACCAAUCAUGAUGAAGCAACAAGGUUACGUAACAAUUCCGCGCAAACCGCGAACACCCAGUUGGGCACCAUCGAUUACAUCGACACUGGUCGAUUUUCCGCCGACAUCGCCAACAUCAACAAUAUCAACGGAAUUGGCAAUCGAUCCAAUUUACGAUAAUCUCGGCCUAAGAACGUCAGCCAGUGGCCAUUCCGCGUUGAGCGUGAAAAAGCAACAACAGCUACUGCUACAGCAGCAACAUAACCAACCGAUGGCCGUGUCAGUGUCGGGUUCAUUGGAUCACAUAGGAGCUGGGCCAAGUUAUACGAUGAAAGAUCGCCCAUUGCCAGCGACACCACGAAUUUAUGAACCAAUACAGGAGCAGCAGCAAAUAUUCCCGAAUGGCGGCGAACUGUGCGGCAUGAACGACGAAACCGAACUGCUAUUCAAUAAAUCAAUUGAACCACAUCCAAUUAUAGUUAGCGCAAAUGCAAUUAAUAAUAAUUUAAUUUCCAAUAUUAACACAUCUAAUCUAAGUAAUAGCAACAAUAAUAAUCCAAAUACAAAUGGUAUUUCGGACAAAUCGGCGGCGGCGCAGUCAGCCGCGGCAGCAGCGGCGGUAGCAGCAUCGAAUAAAGUGCCGCCAAGGCCACCACCAAAACCAAAAAAGAAAAUGACAACCAUAUCAGCGAUCACCGAAAACCCCGAAUUGGCUGCCGACGGCACGCACCUCUUCCAAGAUGAAUGCGAGGAUGGAACUGAAGUCUAAACAAAAUUACCCAAACAAAACACACACACACAAUUUCUAUCGAUUAGCCGUUCGAUGACGAUCCGAAUUCAUAUUUUUCCCCAAAAAACCAAACAUUUCGGCUUAAGCAUUUCGGUUUCUAAUUAACAAACACAUACACAGAGAAAAAUCUAUUUGAUAUUAAAAUUGUUGUUGACUUGUAACAUAACCAAAUGCCACAAGCACAAAAUGUACAUGCAAACAAAUUUAUUGAACCACACAGAGAUACACAAAAUCAUGUGGUAUGAACUUAUGGCAAAAAUGUUACACAAUUUUAAUAAAAUGAAAGAGAAAAGCAUCUUGAAAAUACUAAA